ACAACAUCGAUAUUCAAAGAAUGUGAAUUUAACACACCAAGAUGGCUGUACGACGAAAACAGUUUUGAGUCCCUAUCGAAUUGGAACAAAUUCUGUGGAUGUUUUUGCACUAUGGUGAUAGUUACUGGUUGGAUGCAAAAUGUGGGGCCCUACCCAAAUAGCCGGGAUAUCAUAACGACUCCUCCUAAAAUGGCUGCACGGGCUGUUCUGAUCUGUAGGCCAAAUUCUCAUCCAUUCCAGGAACGCUCGCUGGUUCUUGACCAGCCAGUGAAAAUUGGUCGAUCAGUUGCAAGAGCCCGCGCAGCCCAAAACAAUGCAAUCUUUGAUUGCAAAGUGUUGUCCAGAAAUCAUGCACUGUUGUGGUAUGAAAAUGGAAAGUUUUACCUGCAAGACACAAAAAGUAGCAACGGGACUUUUGUCAAUAACCAACGUUUAAGUAAGAGUGCUGAUGAAUCUCCACCCCGUGAAGUUUGUUCUGGUGACAUUGUACAGUUUGGUGUUGAUGUGAUGGAGAAUGCCCGUAAGGUGACGCACGGCUGUAUAGUAGCUACAUUGAAACUCUACUUGCCCGAUGGGAAGGAAGCGAAGGCAAGUUCCUCAACAUCAGUUGUGAGCUCUAUUGGAGUGGUUCCACUUGAAGAUCUGUACCAGCUCAACCAGUACUUACAGGAUGCUUUGCAACGUGAACAGUUGCUUGAAAACAAACUUGCCACUAUGCAGAGGCUCAUGGAGACAACGCGACAAGCAUCAGACAGAAGCUGGAGAGCAUUGAUUGAUGAAGACAGGUUACUCUCACGUGUGGAAAUACUGGAGAGUCAGUUGCUUGUAUACUCAAAGAAUUACGGAGAAGAUAAACUUCGAGAAGAGCUACGAAAACUGCAAGAAGAUAAAAGUCAGUACCUUGGUACAGCCAAAGAAUCGUUACGAAGGAUUCUUCAGGAGAAAUUAGAUGCAAUUACUAAGUUAGCUGAUCUGGAAAGAACUCUGAGUAACACUGAAGAUGAAGUUGACCACUUGAAGGAUAUGCGAGAAAGGAGCCAACAGGAACUUCAGGAGCUAGCUCACAAAUACACUACUCAACUUCAGAAGGUCGAAGACUUGGCAUCCAAGUUGCAGGUAUGUGUACAGGAGACCGAAGAACAACACCGUGAAAUAUGUGAGCGGCUAGAGCAAGAGAAACGAGAGUUGUCUGCCCAAGUGGAAGACCAGUUGUACUCGGAGGCAGCACUCCAAGCAAGGCUUGAUGCUGUUACUAAAGACAGUGAUCUUAUAUCGCAGCGACAACGUGCAUUGCUUCAAACAUGUCUUAACAACAGUCAUUCAAUCCUUGAUAUGAAAGAGAACUCUGAGACAAUGAAGGAGACUGAUUCCACUGGUACGCAGGUAGACCUGAUUUUAGAAAAGAUAGUUCCUGAUCGACAGACACAAGAUUAUUUGAAAGAUGCAGCAGAUAAUAUAAAAUUUCAGCUACAAAAGACAGAAGAUGCUUUACAAGAAAGUCAUGCUGAAGUGCGCCAGCUGUAUGUUAAACUGGAAGAUGCACGUUCUCAAGAAGACUCACUGUUAGAUAACGUUCACCAACUUGAAGAAAAUUUAGCAGCUCUAAGGAAACAAGUUGACAAAACUCCUCAUGAUAACUCUCAGACAAUUGCCCAGGUGAAUGCUAAUCAGAACAACAAAUUAAAAGCUGAAGUAAUUAAACUUGAAGAAGCUCUGUGGAUUUCUCAAUUGUGGGUUGACCAGUAUUCCUGCAUGGUGGUAGUUUUGAAAGAACUGCUGAGUGAAGCACGGAAUAAAGCACAGUCUGCUGAGGAACAAGUAUUACUGUAUCAGAAGGAACUUGAAAAUGUUCAGCAGAAAGUAAAGAGCUUAACGGAAGAGACGACUAUUCUUCAGCAGCAACAUCAGGUGUAUCAGUUCAUGGCUGAAAAUAAAUCUGACACUGUAGGAAAGUUACAUGAAACUAUAAAGCGACUGACAUUUGCAAGAGAUCAGCUGCAACUGGAAGUUCAUAAACUGGAGGAAAAGCUCCAAGUGGAAGUAGCAGCUUCUCGUCGUCAUAGUGAUGAGUCAGAGCGCUUGCGAAAGCAACUUGUGGAAGUGCAGCAGUGUGUGAAGCAAGGACAUAAUGAGGCAGAAAAAAUGAAGGAUAGGCUGAAUGCUCUUCAGGCUGAAUUAGAUGCACGUAUAAAUAGUGCAGAACUAAUGUCUGACAAUAAAGAUAAAGAGGAGGUUCAGCAGCUAUCCAACCGAUGCAUGAUCCUGGAAGCUGAAAAUCUCAGGUUAAGAGCGGAGUGUGUGAAGUUGAACAAACAGUGCAGUGACCAGCUUCAAAUUCAGGAAGAAUUGGAAGCACUGAAAUCACAUUUGUCAAGUCAUCCUAUUGGUAACUUCUUAGAAGAAGUGGAUGAACUUAAGAACCAGAGGUCAAAAAUGACUGAGAAGGUGAAUUGUCUUGAGGAAGAACUUGUGCUUGUGAAAGAGAGGUAUGCAAAAUGCAAUGAUGAACAAACUCGUCUGAUAAAAGAACUUGAAAUACUGAAACAAGACGGUGGUAGUUUGCUUAAUCAGACAUAUGCUGCUUUGUGGUGUGGAUUGGUACCAUUCAUCAUAGUGUUCCUGGGAAUUAUUAUGGCAUUCUAUCCCACAUUGUCUUUCUUCAUGGGUACAGCUGAUUCGCCACUUCAACCAUAGUGAAGAUGUACAAGAACAAUGUGUUAUGAAUGUUUCCAACUGUACAAGGAAAGCAUAAUGCAUAUGAAAUUUUGUUAGCAAGUGUCUCAGGGGUCAAGAUAAAAUAAUUUAUGUGCUUUAAUAUUGCAAUACAAGAUGAUAUUUUUUUUCAUCCACUGUUUAAAUAGAUUUAAUGAUGUAGGACCUCUUUUAUGUAUCAUGAAAUAUUUUAGUUGUAACUGUUUUUUAGUCUGUAUUAUAUGAUGAGUAUUAUGUUAGUAGCAUUCUGCUGCUGAUACUUUCUAAACAUACUCCUGUUUCAUUUGGUAAAACUUGUUUUAUGUAUAAUGUUCUGUUGUUGCAUGACUUUUUAAUGUUGUAUUACUCAUACCUACUUUUUGAAUCUGUCUGCUUGUUUGUACACUUGUUUGUAUUUUUUGCUGCUUUGGUUUGUUGUUGUUAUUGUUGUUGUUGUUGUUGUUGUUGUUGCCAUUGCUAUUGUUAUUGUUGUUAGUUUGAUGUAUUUGUUUUAAGAAAAAGUACAAAAUUGGAUUUUCGAGUUUUAUAAUUUGGCACAAAAGUUUCUUUCUAAGAGGUGUGUGUGUGUGUGUGUGUGUGUGUGUGUGUGUGUGUGUGUGUGUGUGUGUGUGUAAUAAUUCAUUUGUGGGGAAAAUUUCUACACCCAGCUGUAGCUAUAUAGAACAGUUGUCAGAUGGAAAUUUAAGGUACUUAUAUAUGUAGUGCAAGAACUGGCAAAGAUUAAGUGGAGGUGACAGUUGUGGUAAUGAUUGUAUCUACAACAAAAUCAUUGCUGCUUCAAUUUGACAAAAUAGUGAGGAAGAAAUUGGUGAUGACUAUAAUCAAGGAAUCAUUCUGACAUUUGCCUGAAGUGAGCAAACUUAAAUUGGCGCAUGGAAUGAAUAUUAAUCCAGAUCCUCAUGAACAGAAGUCUGUUACCUUAGCUGAGUAGCAUAUAACUUGGUUGCAAGACAAGGACUGUGUCAUUGAAGCACAAAUUCUCACUCAUAGAAUUUUUUCCCCUAUUAUGUUGAUGUUGAAAUUUUAUUUUGUGGAUAAAUAUAUUAUUUUAACCAUUUCAGUUCACUGAGAAUAUAUGGAACCCAAUGCUUUUUUGUGCUAAUAUUGGUAAUGAAAUUCAGUAUGUUCUGUUCUGGAUUGUAAUCUUGUGCCAAAAAAUGAAGUUAAAUGUUUUGGUAAUAACAACAUAAAACAGUAAAAUGUAGAACUAAUGCUGUGUGUAAAGUUAGUAACAGUAAGUUACAAUGAUUAUAUCGUGUUAUUUUAAUUGUGGUUUUUUUUCCCAUUGAGAAGCAAAAACGAUUCACUCCUUCAGUUUGAUUAUGUUGUAAUCGUUUGUUUUAUAGUGUAUAACUCCAAUUAAUAAUCACAUAACAUAAUGUGUGCAACCUCUGUAGAGACAUUUAUAUUAAUAUGUUAUCAUGCACUAGUUUGGGUAAACGUUUGUUUAAGAUUUGUAGACAAUGUCGUGGAAUGUUGUAGAAUCAUCAUGAAAUUUAUAAUUUUAUACCUUUUUAAUACCAGCAAAGCUUACAGUGGCUGAUCAUUACUGUAAUAAUGUGGUAAACUGUGUGAGAAGCACAAAAGUGUAAGAGUAUUCAGGAUGUAUUUUAUGUACAUAGAGAAACUGUAUAUAUACAGAAAAAAGCAGGGGGAAAAGAAAAGAGGUAUGUUCCUGCUAUACGACUGAGUAAGCCAUCACUGUCUUGCCGUAUGCAAAAGAAGUUAUCCAUUUGUGAUAUUCGCUAUGGAUCAAAUAAAAAAUGUGCGUGCGCGUGUGUUGUUGUGUGGUGUUGUUGUUGUUGUUGUUGUUGUUGUUUUUGUGAGUGUGAGUGUGAGUGUAAGUGUGAGUGGAAAAAUGCAAACUUGAAGCUCUACCUGGUAGAACUCUGUAAUAUUUUAAUUGAGAAGUAUGACUUGUAAUUCCCGAGAGUGGAUGGUUUGCCAAAUCUUUUUUAAGUAUUUGUGUGGUGCUGUGUUCUGUAAAAUGGUUAGUUCUCUUUUAUAUAUAAGCCAUGUAUUUGGAAUACCAUAGCAAAGAAAGUAUGUGGUUGAAGUGUGUUUCUCCUCAUGUCAACUUCCACCCUUCAAAAAGAGUAUUUGAAAUGGGGUUGGCAUAUUGAGAUUAUUGAUUGUAGGCUGUAGUAUUUUUUCUAACAGUAAAAAAUGAAAGCUAAACAAGAUACUGGUUUGAUAUAGGAUUACAGAAAAUGUGCAUUGGAUAGUAUUUCUUGAAUGCUAGGCAUUAUUUUGUUGUUUGUGAAGAUAGUAUUUUAUAUUUAAUUAAACAUAAUGAAUUCCUAAAUUGAAGUGGUGUAGAGAUAUGUUACCUCUCAAGGUGCCUUUUCAGUUUUCACUAUCCCAGGGUAUGAAGUUUACUGGUUUGUCCAGAUGUGGACUUGAAUAGCCUAAGUUAAUACCAUUGCAUGAUGUGUGAUAGUAUUUCCCCCCCCCCCUCCCCCCUCUCAACAGCGUUAAUGAAGAAAAUUGCUGUUAGUGGUGUGUACCAUUAACUGUAGAUAUUGUUACUAUUUUAUUUAAAUGUAAAUAUUAUAAAUUUUGUAAGUAACUGUAUGCUCAAAUUAUAUGCCAUCUGCAGGAUUGCUUUGUGUCUAUGUACCUGCAGUAAGAUUGUCAGAUUUCGUGAUUUUUCUUAAAAAUGUUUGUAAACAUUUAUUUCAACAUACAAGGAAAUUUUAUUUUAUUCAACAAUAUGGAAAAUUAUAUAUUUAAAAUGAGCAUUUUUGUUUACUGUUUUAUAGAAAUACUUAAAUAUUGUUACUUGAUAUGUUAAAUUCAUGCCAUUGUUUUUACAGUUCUGUUCAAAGAAGGAAGAUUGUCAAGAAAUGUAAAUAUUUUGUGAACUUGAAGUCAUAACUUUAGUAAGUUAGUAAUUCAGGAUGAAUUACUAACUGUCUUACAGAAGUCUAGUCCCAAAUUUUAAAUCUACAGAUUUAUUUAUUGAAGAAUGAUUAUGUUUAAAAGUGCUUUACUUUUACAAGAAACCUACCAAUUGACUCUGUUAAAUGUUUUGUACAUUGUGUUAAACAAUUACAUGAUUGCUAAUACUGUUUGUGAUAAUGACAGUUUUCUUUUAUGUCCCUUUUAUCAACUGCUCAAUUGCAGUACAGUUUUUGAGAAAUAAAUGAAACAAGGCAGAAGCUGUUCUGGAAGUGCCUCAAUUAAAACAAGCUGUAAAAGAAAGAAAUAAAAAUACAGUGCUCAUCAAA